AUGCUCCGGGUGGAUGUGUAUUGCUCUCUACUUUCUAGUCCUCGACAAGUCAAGUUGGUAAAUGUCGGCAACAGAAGUUUAGGGUCAUGGCAGAUACAGCAGCGUAGUGCUCAAAGACUACCCAAGGGGAUUUCUGUCAAGGCGGUGAAAGAUGGGAUGGGAGGGGAAACAAGCGGAUUUCGGGGUCAGAGUUGGGAGCCUGGGUCAGAAGUUGAGGUUCCCUUUGAACAAAGACCGGUGAAUGAGUACUCAUCUUUGAAGGAAUCAACCUUGUACUCAUGGGGCGAUCUGGGACCAGGGCCUUUUUUCCUUCGUCUAGGAGGUUUGUGGUUGGUAACAUUCACAGUUUUAGGAGCACCUAUAGCAGCUGCAAGCUUUAAUCCAGCAAGGGACCCUCUAAGAUUUGUGCUCGCAGCUGGAACUGGAACUCUUUUCCUGGUGUCAUUGAUUGUCUUAAGAAUUUAUCUGGGAUGGAGUUACGUUGGUGAUAGACUACUAUCAGCUGUCAUACCUUAUGAAGAGACUGGAUGGUAUGAUGGACAAAUGUGGGUGAAACCACCUGAGGUCCUGGCUCGUGACAGACUGUUGGGCUCUUACAAGGUUAAACCAGUCAUCAAGUUGCUGAAACAGACUCUAGUCGGAACAGGGGUAUUGCUUGUUUCAGCAGUGAUGCUAUUUAUCUUUGCUACACCAGUGGAGGAUUUCAUUCAAACCACAUUUUCUACAAAAGAAAACUCAUCAAAUGUUUCCGUCUCAAAAAUGAGAAGAGAAGACCUGCUUAAAUUGCCUAUAGAGGUGAAAUCUGAUGAUGACCUAGCAGCAGCUGCUGCUGAGGCGGCAGAUGGAAGACCAGUGUACUGCAGAGAUAGGUUUUAUCGUGCACUAGCAGGUGGACAAUACUGCAAGUCGGAUGAUCUACUCAUGAAGUGAUGGGUAAAACAAAAAAGCAUAGUUA